AGAUUAUGAAAAGGGAUUCAAAAUUGGAUCUUGGCACUGAUGUUGGUGACAAUUUAUCUAAGUGAUGCUAUUGUGUAAGUUAAUGAGUUAUUAUUAAGUUAAAACAAAGUUUGAAUCUUUGCAUGGAGAAUUGAAUCUUACAUGGAGGCAUUGUUGAAGUUAUUUGGUGGAACUUUGAAUUCAAUAACUAGCAAAUGCAUGGUUUUGUUUGUUACUAUUUUGAUCCUAAGAGUACUUUUUUUCCCUAGCUUUGAUGGAAUUGAGUGGAGAAAUCUUGUAUAUAUCCACAACCACUCUCAACCAUCAAUGAGUUCUUCCGAAUUCGGAAUUAGGCCAUUUAAGUUUUUAGUAGUUCCACAGCUUGUUUGGGGAUUAAAUAAUCAGAAGAUAGCGUUCGCAAGGGCUUGUCUUACUGCUAGAAUGUUGAAUAGAACACUUUUGAUGCCUAGCUUUAGUGCAUCCCUUUUUUAUAAAGAAAUUGAGCUAUUGCAACCAAUUUCGUUCGACAAAGUAUUCCAAUUCAAAAAGUUUAAUGCACUUUGUAGUGGUUUUGUCCGGUUAGGGCGUUAUUCCGAUGUCUUGAAUAGAACUCGAGUGCUUGAAAUGUUGAAAGGGAGUGGAAGGAAGUGGACAUUGGAUAGAGAUUUAUCACAAUUGAAAGAGUAUAGUAAAGGCUCUUAUGAUGACUAUGAGGUAAUUGAAAUUUUAGGGAAAAACCCUUUCUUAUGGCAUGAUCAUUGGCCUUUGAAGGACUAUGCAAAGGUUUUCGAGUGUUUGGUUUUGAUUGAUGAGAUUCGUAACGAAGUGGAAAAGGUUGUGUCUAGGAUUAGGGAAGUUGGAAACACCAGAUCAAUUGAACUGCAAAAAGGUAGGUCUUCAUUUCAGCCUCUUCCAUAUGUUGCGGUCCAUAUGAGGAUAGAAAUUGAUUGGAUGAUUCAUUGCAAAAAGUUAGAGCAAAGAUUGAACACUGAUCAAAUAUGCAGUAGCAAGAAAGAGAUAGUGGAAAGAGUUAGAAACAUAGUAAUUGGUUUGAAAAAAACUCCAACCGUUAUUUAUCUCGCGGUAGCGGAUAAACUCCUUAACAAUUCAUCCAUAAUGGAAGAUUGGGGAGAAGGGUUUCUUCCUUAUGAGAAGAAGAAACUUGGCGUUGAAGGAAUCUAUAAGAAGUAUUCAUAUCUGAUUCAAUCUGCAAUUGACUAUGAAGUUUGUUUACAAGCUGAUAUCUUUGUUGGAAACAGUUUCUCGACAUUUUCAAGUCUUGUAGUUCUUGAAAGAACACAUAAAAUGAUCGGAAUGAGUGUCGCGAGAAUGUGCGGAACCGAUGUAAGAUGGCCUUCUUAUGCAUACAAUGUACCAGGUGAAUCAAAUGGUGCAAUGAGAUGGAUUACAAAUAUGUCUGAAUCAAGUCUUCAAACAAUAAGUUAUGGCACCAAUCAUGUCUCUAAUUGCAAGGGACAUAUUUAAUUUUCUGCUUCUGAUGUAAAAUUUUGAGUAGUUUAGUUUAACAGCCUCAUUCUCUUGUCUAGACAUUUUUCACUUCUAGUGUUUGAUUAGCACACUUCAAAAUAUAUUUCAUUUGUUGCA